AUGCUGCUAGCUUAGCAGGCGGAGCUUCCUGUUGUCCAUUUAACGGUUACGGGUCGGAGAGAAAAAGUUCUGCCGCUGACGGAUCCAGGAGCCGCGGUGCAGCUCACUAUCACGGACCACAGAGGGUUCUGGUCUGGUUCUACUGAACAGAACCCGUGUGUUCCGUCAUUAAUCCCGGCGCGCUGGCCGCUGCUGUUAGCUGCGCUUUAACGGCUGACCGUUAGUUUCCGUUGGUCCAAACUAAGAUGGAGCAGAACAUCAGCCUGUUGGACCUGCUCCACCUGUCCAUCGGAACCCCUCACCGGGGCUCCGUCAACUUCGGCGCCCUCCAUGCGCUGCUGCUGGCGAUGCUCAACCAGCUGGACAUCCGAGAGGUGAAGACCCGCUGGAGGGGCUCCGCUCCCGGGGACGAAACGCCCGACGCCCCGCUGGGGGUCUCGGUAGAGGCUCAGCGGGACGCCUCCGGGUCGGACCGGCUGGUUCAGCCCGGUUCUCCCCUACAGAAGUGGUCAGACUCGGUCCCUUCUCCGGACAGUGCCGGAGGGCUCUGGUCCCGGAUCCAGAUCUGCGAGGACGGGAUGUCAGAGGCCGUGAAGCGCGUGGAGGAGCUGCAGAAGAACACGGAUGUUCUGAAGGAGGCGACCGAGGAGCUGCAGCAGCUCCAGCAGAAGGCUGCAGCCCAGCAGCUGCAGACUCUGGCAGAUGUGGAUCAGUGCUGCCACCGUGUGGACAAACUGGAGGAAGCUGUGAACUCCCUGCAGGAAAACACUCAGACGUAUCCGGGCCCGGAGCAGCCCAGUCGGCGUGUGACCCGGGACGUUGUCCAGGUGGUUCUGAAGGACGGGAAGCCUCAGAAGGAAGUGGUCACGGCGGCGGUCUCCCAGCGGCCCGUGUUGGUGCAGCCGGCCGGACCCCCCCUCCCCAGCGAGAGCGCCGACCCCCCCACUGCUCCGCGCACUCCAAGCAUCUCUGGAGACGAGGCAGCCGCCGUCACUGACGCCUCCUCUGACGGCUCAGAGGGCGGGCUGAGCGGCAGAACCUCCGGCAGAACCUCGGGUCCGGCACCAGGAGGCGCUGCAGAGCUCGCCCAGGAGCCCGGGGCGACUUCAGGGCCCACGCCUCCUGGUGUGGCCUCCUCCGUCACGCCUGGCUCUCUCCCACAGACCAGUGCCGACCUCCCCAGAACCUCAGCCCCCACCUCACCUCAUGAGAUCCAGAACCAGGAAGACCCUGGACCGGGUCGGUACCAGGAGACGGUUGAGGCUGCGAGGAGCAUCGGGAAACUGCAGGAGCGCUUCAGCCGGCUGGAGGCUCGGCUGGCGGUCCUCGAGGAACGGAAGAUGGACCGCAGCGAGCCGGCCCGUCCCAGACAGCCCAGCGCCAGCACGGCUCCUCAGGACGCCUCCAGCCGGCUGAGCCAGCAGCUGCAGCAGCACGCCGCCCUCAUAGACGGCCUGAUGAGCGACCGCCACAAGAACCUGGAGCUGGUCUACGACGUGCAGAGGGCCAUCCUGCAGCUCCAGGCGGAGUGUGAGCGGCUGCAGGAGACCACCAGGAGUCUGCACGAGGACAACAGACAGAAGCAGGGACACAUCGAGGAGCUCUACAAGACAGCCGAGCAGCUGCAGGAGAAGAAGGCUGACAAGCAGAUGGUGGAGAGUGAGAUGAAAGCGGAGAAGUCCGCUCUGGAGAGCAAAGCCAGCCGGCUGCAGCUGGAUCUGGCCACGGAGCAGCUGACCUCCAUGUUCCACGAGCUGCUGAGCAAGGUGACGGGCCAGGAGCAGGACUGGAACCAGGUCAUCGACAAGCUGUCCACAGAGAUGGAGCGCAAGCUGAACCGCAUCGAGCUGGACUCUGUGAAGACGCAGCUGGAGGAGCGCUGGAGAAGCAUCCAGAAGAAGCUGCAGGCUCAGAGAGCUCCAGAGCAGGAGGACGCUGCUGGGAUCAGGAAGCAGCUGGUGGAACGGUUCCACUGCCUCUCCUGCGACCGGCCCAUCCUCAAGCAGACGCCCGCACCGCUCUGGGUGACGCUGCCGUCCUUCCCCGCCUUCCCCCCCCACAGGUCCUUCCGGCCGUGGAACCUGGAGCAGAUACGGCACCACUACCACAGCCUGGUCCCAGGGUCCAGCUGCUGGACGGCUGUGUGCGGCCAGAGGAGAGCGCAGCUGCAGAAGAGCCACGCCGACAUGUGCAGGCAGAUAGAGAGCAUAGAGACGGAGCGGCGGCUCAGACAGAACCCAGCAGGAGUCCAGCAUGAGCGCCUCUCUGAGGUGGCGCCUCGAGGCUGCGGAGGGAAUCACACCAACACCUCGUCCGGUCAGCGCCACAGCAGCACCCAGCACACCAGGCUGGUGAGCCAGACCGAGGAGGGCCACCUGAUGCAGGAGGCGGCCAUUGUUGGGCUGGAUGGGCGCAUCUACAAAGGUCGCUUUGACGUCCAGCUGAGGAGCGCAGACACCAAACUACCGACCAUCGCGGCCAGAGACGGCAGGAUGAAGGACAGGACCAAAGGCCCCCAGAGGCCCGCCGUGUCUCCAGAGGUGGGACCCAACGCUCCGGCCCCUCCGCAGCCGCUCGGUGCCAAAGGCGCGCAGUCCAGCCGCUCAGCCUCCAGCGGCUCCGGCCGGGACUGGCCCGUGUCGGCUCUGGGCUGCUGCACGUCGCAGAGCUCCGUCUCUCCGGCGGCGGACAGCGCCGCUGAACCUGGGAGCUGCGAGCCCCUCGACCUGUAGGGGGCGACACCUCCUGGGGACCUUGAUCCCUCUGAAGGCUGCAGGACCACCUGUGGUUCCCUGCGGGUUCCUGCGGUCCGCCUCCUGAGGCUCUGCAGGUUCUAUGUCCUGAUUUACGGAAUAAACGUGUUCUUUGUUCAUUCA